UUGUUGUUGCUGGUGGUGAUAUCAGUAAUUCAUUUUUACAUCUCUUUUCAUUAAGGUAUGAACACACAAAAGAGAAAAGUUUAAAACAUUGACAUGAGGUAUGCACAACUUGUGAUGGGACCCGCUGGUUCCGGCAAGUCCACUUAUUGCAACACAAUACACGAACAUUGUGAAUCCAUAGGACGGGUUGCAAGUAUCGUCAAUCUCGAUCCAGCUGCUGAGCACUUCACUUACCCCGUCACAGCCGACAUACGAGAAUUGGUUGAUGUCGAUGACGUCAUGGAAGCCGAAGAUUUAAGACUGGGUCCUAAUGGUGGUUUGGUGUUUUGUAUGGAAUAUUUUGUGCAGAACUUAGACUGGCUACAGGAGCAUCUAGGUGAAGGAGAGGACGAUUACUUUAUAUUUGAUUGUCCAGGUCAAAUUGAACUUUACACCCACAUUCCAGUGAUGAGGAAUUUGGUACAGACGCUCCACUCGUGGGAUUUUCGCGUAUGCGGUAUAUUUAUUAUAGACGCUCAAUUUUUAGUAGACGCUGCGAAGUUUUUUUCCGGUAUUAUGUCUGCGUUAAGUGCCAUGGUGCAGUUAGAAAUACCGCAUGUGAAUGUAAUGUCAAAAAUGGAUCUACUUGAUCACCGGAGUUUAGACGCCGUUGACCGUUACUUAAAUCCUGAUGCUGGCAUGCUACUGGAUGAUUUAAAUUCUUCUCUACCAAUCAAAUAUCGAAAACUGAAUAAAGCCAUUGCCGAUGUUAUAGACGAUUAUGGAUUGGUUAGCUUUUUGCCAAUGAAUAAGAGCGACGAAGAUUCUGUGAAUGAUAUUUUAGUUCAUAUAGAUAAUGCGAUACAGUACGGCGAAGAUUUUGAGCCUAAAGAAAAAGUCGCGGACGAAGAGGACCCUGACGAUGUGCGCUAUGAUAUGUGAGCGUGUUAUCAUCGCAGCAAUAAUUGAGCAACGAAUUCUCGCAUAUUAUCUUUCGCGCAAGACUAUUUAACGUGAAUAUUUUCUUCUGUACUUUUUUAUCAUUUCAAACAAAUAAAAACAACAUGCUUAUGUAAUAACUACUUUAA